GAGGUCACGGAGCAUUUGUCCGGGGAUCAGCAGCCGUCAAGUCAACAAGUCCCACCUUUCCUCUGCACUACGGCAUGCCAACCGCCGUCCUACAGGGCCCACCGUAGCCAAGGGCCCUGAAUCGAAUCACACGCCCGCGGCCCGCCUAGUAAGUAAGUACACAACGCACAGCACACACACAUCUAUCUAUCUGUCUGUCUGUCUAUCGACAACAGAAAAACUGCAGACCGACACCUCCGCUCCUGCAGGCUGCCCUGGUGCGGUGGAUGCCAUGCGCACGCGACACCACACCAGCCAUAAAGGCAAACAAAUAAAUACAGCCACAGAAGAUUAGAUUGUCCGUCUGUCUGGGCGCACGAACCGAAGGCAUGAAAGGAUCAGAUAGAAAAAGGACUGUCGUUCACUCGCCGAUGGAUCCACCAUGGGUGUUCUCAUCACUGCUGCCGGCCUGCCUCAGUAGCCGCCGCUGUGCUGCUGCUGCUGGGCCCACGUAGCACAGCUCACCAGGAGGCACACAAAUGCCCAGCGACCGAUUGCAACACACCAAUCCUAAUACAAACGACACACAACGAUACAGCGCACAACGAUACAGCGCACGUCUACACACAUGGGGAGUCUGUCUGUCUGUCUCUCUGUCUGAUCGCUCACACACACACAUACCGUAACUGCACACGGUGCCUUCUCCGCAGUCGUGUGGCCCCGUCAUAGCCAUCGGCCCCGUCGCGGAUGUCUCCGCCAGGCCACACAUGAGGUAACGGUCGCAGGGGUCCUCGCGGCACUUGUCUGGGCAGAUGACGGGAGGCGCCCUGUGGCACUGGCUGCACCGCAGCUGACACUCGCGGGGCAUGCCGAUGCAGUACGACGCGUCAUGAGCUGCACGCAUGAAUCAGCACAACAGACAGGGCUUAAUGAAUGGCCAGGGGCGAGUGUGGUGUGUUGGACGCUCUCCUUCGUGCCUACGUCGGUCCUCCACCGGCGGUCUUGGCCCCUCUGCUGCAGCAGGUGGACCGAUUUCUCCCUCUGCCGCCCCCCCAGUAGCAGCUGGUCUCCCCUGCCGGCUCGGUGCAUCGUUCGUGGCAUUGCUGUUGCUGCCGGAACUCAUGGGCGCCGACACCCUCUCAUCCCCCCUAUCGCCAGCACUAUCACCUGCGCCUCCUUGGCCUUCGCCUACCACGGUCCACUCGCCGUUAUCAGCAAAGGUCGAGCUGCCACCGCCACCAGGGGCAGGGAGGACGCCACUCGGUGGCGGUGACGUCACGUCAAAGCCUUCAUCUCGUUGCUGCAGCAUCCUCUCUCUCCGUUGUCGGCGGACGGAGUCGGUGAAGGUGUGUGUGUACGUGUCGAUCUCGAUGCUCGUGGCGGCCUGGAUGGGCGAGGCCAUGUCGUCAAACACUAGGUCAGGGUCAGCGUAGAGCUCCAGACAGGGCGCGUAGCCGAUGCACUCGCGGCACUCGGGGUGGGCAUAGCACGGGUGCAGAAAGGCCGGCAGGGGUGGGGUCGGCUGCGGGGCAGAGAGGUCACACAUGGAGGUGCAGUCGUCGCAUUGGGGAGGCACACGCCCGCAGUCCAACACCUCCGCUGAUGACACAACUGCAGGCACCAAAGACUACCAAUACAGUCACAGGCAGACGAUGUGCAGUUCCACUGCCCUGGUUACCUACCGUGCGACGAGCAAACCACCAGGAGGAGUACAGGAAGACAACAUCGAGAAACAAGCGAGGAGAUGUGGUUCUUCAUUGCGAUUGGUGCAGGCCCUCCCGGUGCUUCACAGCACUGCGAUAGAUAGAUACUGGAGAUGCGAUAAAUGCGAUAAUGGCCUUUUUGGAUGAGUGUGAG